GUUGUUCGAAAUUACAAGAAAUAUCGUGCAGUUGCUCUUUUUUUUAACUUUUAGAGGGAAACAUUGGCAAAUUAUUUUCUGAAAAUAGGCGUUAGGAAGCAUGGAGUUCGAACCCCAUCUUCCAAAUUCGGAUGGACAUAUAAUCCGAUUUCCAGUAAAGCUGAGAAGGAUCAUUGAUACAUGUGGAUCAGGAGCCAUAAAGUGGAACCAUGAUGGAACAAUCAUAAGAAUCAACAAGACAUUGUUUGAAACUGAGUACCUAACUAAAGACCAUAGACCAUUCCAAACGACCAGUUUCAGCAGUUUUAUACGUCAGUUGAACUUUUACGGAUUUCAGAAAGUCAACCAAAGAACCUUUGCCAAGGGCAGUGAGAAUGUGGAUUCAAACGUGUUUGAUUACAGACAUCCACAUUUCAGAAAAAAUAACGCAGAUCUGUCCCUGGUUCAGAGAAAGAAUAAAUCAAGGAGGCCUCGGAAUUUUGAAGAUGCAUUUGCAAGAAUCAUAGAACCUUCUUCAAAGAGUCUUGGGACAUGGCUGCCAUUUCGAUCUCUUCCAGAUGACUUAAAACCGUUGCCAAAGGAAGUCCGAAGUCCACCAGAAACAUAUCAGGUCCAGGUAUAUGUGGUAGGCCAGGACGGCAUCCUUGUUCCUGUAGAGACAGCCACGGUACUGAGGGGUGGGGCUGUAACUCAGCCAAUCCCAGACACUCCAUGUGACCAAGCAAUACCCAUGCCAAACACGACUCAACUUACAGAGUCUCUGCCAUCCAUUCAUCCAAUUGAACCAGAUGCCCACAUUUCCUUGGAAACAAAUUCUACAAUUCUUUAGGUCAGGGAGCUCAGCUACUGGAGAGGCAUCAUGUAUCAAUUACCCUGCAUAAUCCCAGUCCUCCUAACAUGAGUCACUGAACAGACAUUUAGUGCCUUAUAACAAAGAAACUUAGAUAUCAGACUGUUUGUAGAAAAGAAAUUCAGAAAAUUGUCAGGACAACUUUCUUCAUUGAAUUUAGAAAUAUCUUGUUCCAGAGG